AAGAUCAUUUGGUGCCAGCGUCACCUAAUCACACCCUUAGAGAUAAUCAGGGCGUGGACGUCAGGCCUAAUCCUCUUAGACCAAGGCAAGAAGCUCAUGGUGUAGCCUAGGGCAGAUCUCACACUGUAAGCUGUCUCUUGCCCUCUGCUCUGGCUGCAGCCUGUGGAUCUCAAACUGGGCUUAAACCUUCAUCCAGCCUAGUGGAUUCUGGACUGUUCUGAGGAUGCAGUAGCUCAAUUCUUGAAGAUUUUUAUGGGCGUUUAUGAAAACAAUGGCACUAUCAUGAAGAAGAUUGCAAGACUAGACUACUGACUAGCAGAAACCCUAACCUUCCAGUUUCCAGAUGUGAUCAAAGAUCAGGAUCAUCAAGAGUUAAAAAUCUCACCACUGGAAAUGUGCCGUCUUUAGAUGCCAUCAAAAAUUUUCCCAAGAGGACCGACCAACACAUUGGCGUCUGGUACCAAAGACCCAAAGAGUGGAGGCACCAAAGCGGUAAAUCAGUAGUGGACCGCAGCCAUGCCCUCUCUGCCCACUCUGAACACCCUGGGCAAGCUUUGCGGUUCCGGCCGCAGCCAACAAGUGGACCGAAGACGCAUCAACCGCAAGACCUCGGUCAAACGCAGGUCUGUCAUUGAGGACGGGCGCGUGGCGGAGGUGCUCUACCUCAUCCCCAAGCAGUGUAUGAUGCAGCAGCUCCCCUUCAUCAACCCCGAUGACUACUACCUGAGCGAGAGUCUGGUGUCAGUGGCCCAUACGCAGGACACCCAGCACACGGAGAAGCCCCUGAUCCAGUGCUAUAAGUGUGGGGAGCCAUGCAAGGGCGAGGUGUUACGCGUGCAGAACAAGCACUUCCACAUCAAGUGCUUCACAUGCAAAGUGUGUGGAUGUGACCUGGCUCAGGGAGGAUUCUUCAUGAAGAAUGGAGACUACCUGUGCACUCUGGACUACCAGCGCAUCCACGGCACGCGCUGCAACUCCUGCGGCGAGUUCGUGGAGGGGGAGGUGGUCACCGCUCUGGGGAAGACCUACCACCCGGCCUGCUUCGUCUGCACCAUCUGCAAACGUCCGUUUCCUGCUGGAGACAGAGUUACGUUUAAUGGGAAGGACUGUCUGUGUCAGUACUGCGCCGAGCCCAUGUCCCCCGGACCUGCAAAGGGCAUCAGUGGUCCCUGCACGUGUGCUGGCUGUGGCAGGGACAUUAAGAAUGGUCAGGCUCUGCUGGCGCUGGAGAGACAGUGGCACCUGGGCUGCUUCAAAUGUAAAGCCUGCGGGAAAGUACUGACCGGAGAAUACAUCAGCAAGGAUGGCGCCCCCUACUGUGAGAAAGACUAUCAGAUCCACUUCGGGGUGAAGUGUGAGGCGUGUCAUCAGUUCAUCACGGGAAAAGUUUUAGAGGCAGGGGAUAAGCACUACCACCCCAGCUGUGCUCGCUGUAGCAGAUGUAAUCAGAUGUUCACUGAAGGAGAGGAAAUGUACCUGCAAGGAUCAACUGUUUGGCAUCCAGGCUGCAAGAGCUCCACCAGAACAGAAGAGAGACACAGGCCGACACGCUCAUCAUCCGAGAGUAUGUGUUCCAGACCUGGUUCAAGCAUACCUGGCUCACCGGGUCACACCAUAUAUGCAAAAGUAGACAAUGAGAUCCUUGAUUACAGGGAUCUCGCUGCCAUUCCCAAAGUCAAAGCCAUUUAUGACAUUGAGCGUCCCGACCUUAUCAACUACGAGCCACUUUACACCACUUCCCUCGAUGAGACAGAGGAGAGAGAGAGUGUGGGAGAGACACCAAGAACCAUGUCACCAACUCCAUCUGCAGACAGUUAUGAUAUAAGGGGGCACAUCCUCCAGAGAUCUACAAGCCAGGGCUCCAUUGGAUCACCCAUCUACAGCCGCCACAGCUACACGCCCACCAUGUCCCGCUCACCACAGCACUUCCACAGACCAGAUCAGAGCAUCAACAUCUACAGGAAGCCUCCCAUCUACAAACUGCACGACUCGGCUGCCUUUACAGCCCAAAGCAAGUCUGCUGAUGACAUCAUCAAAUCUGCCAAAUUUCCGUCGGCGUUCGUUCCCAGUCCAGACGAAGCAGCUAACAUAGAGACAGACUACUGGCCAUGCCCGCCCGCCAUCGCCACCAUAGGGUCCGAUGGAAGAAGAAGGUCCAGAGAGGAAGACGAGGAGGAACUCCAGAAACGCAGACUGAUCCAAGAAGAGCAUCUCACCAAGAUGCAGUCUGGUCUGGGAAAACUCAUCCUGAAGGAGGAGAAAGAGAAACAGCUGAUCCGAGAGCGCCACGCCCGGAGCCUCUCCGCACAGCGCCACGCGAGCGCAGAUCCAAAUUCCCCCUCCAAAACAGGCUCACUGCCCGGAUACGGACGGAACGGUCUGCACCGGCCUCAGUCCACAGACUUCACUCAGUAUAACAGCUACGGUGAUGUGUGUGGAGGAGUGAGAGAGUUUCAGCCCUUGCAGGAAGGCCAUCGGUCAGUCAGCAGGAUGGACAGGGGAGUUUCUAUGCCUAAUAUGUUGGAACCAAAAGUAUAUCCAUAUGAAAUGCUCAUGGUUACCGGCCGUGGCCGGAGUAAGCUGCCUAGAGAUGUGGACAGAACCCGACUGGAGCGCCACCUGGCUCCGGAGACUUUCUUUGAUAUCUUUGGGAUGGAGAUGGAGGAGUUUGACAGGUUGCCGCUGUGGAAGCGAAACGACAUGAAGAAGAAAGUCAGACUGUUCUAACCGUGCUGCCGAACAUCAUUCAGAAACCUCGUAACUCCAGUUCGCCCUCGCUCAUCCUCCGUAUCCAUACAGCUCAUCGUAUCCCCGUUUCUUUCCUCACGGAUAAACAGACUCCUGAAGCUGAAGCUGGAUUUUACUGAUCUACAUCCUGGAUCUUUAUCAAAACAGAACCACAGCUCAUAAUUCACCAUCUCACAGCCUUUAAAAAACAGGCGCUGAAAGUGUUCUUGGAUAAAUACCUGAGAAAAAACACUUUGAGGAUCCUUAAAAACAAUCAUAGAACCAUUUCAGAGAUUUUGUUGUGAUAAUGAGAUGUGUUAAAGAGUGUUGAAUGGUGUGAGUGGAGAAAACCAUGUCCCUUAACCUCUCAUUAUAAAUUUAAUGUUUUACAUUAAUUGAUUUAUAUCCUUUUUUUAUUAUUUAAAUGUACAAACACUCCAAAAUUAUGUGCCGUUUUGACAGAGUAAAAAAAAGAAAAUUCAUAAAAAGACUACAAAUCAUUCUUAAUUAUUAUUAUGAAGUAGUAUGUUAGAAAAGUAUAUAUAAAUUAUAUAUAAAGAAUAUAAAAUUGUUUAAUAGUUAAAUGAGCACUAAACUCUGACUAACUAAAACUAAAACUUAAUUUGAAAAAUGCUAAAAAAUGUGAGGUGUACUUUUCAGUUUAAGAGUAGCACUGGGUAAUGUAUGGGUUUAGAGGCGGGGCCAAAGGGAGAGCUGAUUGGCUGAGCUGCAACAGCAGCAGUAGCAGUGUUCCUCUGCUUAGAGUUCCAGUGAGAUGUGAGACGCAGAUAAUUGGAUGUUGUCAGCAGGGGGGCUGGAUUAUUAACUAACUGAUCUGCAUAUUGUGAUGAUGUGUCUGCGUACCAAAGUACACGGAAACAUCAUCCUCACCUAUAGUACAGUUAUAUAACCUGAGAGGAACUUUUUUUUAAAAAGCUUAGAAAAUGUUUAUAAAAAUUCUAAGCAGGACUGAUAUGUUUUAUUACUUAAAAAAAUAUUAUUAAAACACACACAUUUCAGCUAUUAAUUGGAAAAAUAUGAUUUAGGGUUUAAUGUCUCUUUAAUAAUAAGACUAUAAAAGCAUGGUUGUCUCCUGUCACACUCUUCAGUAUAAAGAACCUAAAAGUUUCCCUACAUCUAAAGCUAAAUAAUGCUGAUUAUCUUUUCUAAUUGACCUGGAUGACCAAUCCAAGAACCAAUAAACAACCCUUAAUUUACAUAUAUACAUAUGAGAUUACUUUGUGUGAAUAUGCAUCAAGUAAAUUGUUUAUGAAAUCAGAAGUAGUUCUUCUCUGGUAUAAAUCCAAAGAACUCUUUUUGGCACCUUUAUUUUUCUUUAUUUCUUUAUUUUUUUCUUUCUUUUCCAAAGUGUUGCAGACGUGUGUUUUAAAUGUACAUCUUCUGGUCAAAUGUAUGGAAACAGUGAGAUUCAGCAAUAAUGUUUACCUGAAUCUUCAUUAGUUUAACUUUGAUUCUCCGUCACUGAUUCCCUCAGAUGCUUCUUUAUGUCAAAACAUUUCAGCUGGAACAUCCAACAAAUCAGAUUUCCUACUCAGAAACUCAGGAGAGCAUCACAAACCCUGAGUUCAGAAUCCACAAUGGCCGCCAUGUGAAAUGCUAAUAAUACAUUGCUAUCUACUGGAAGUGCUAACAAUGCUAACCUGGCACAGUGCUAACAAUGAUGAAAAAAGAUUUUAUUUAAGAAAAUAAAUCCAAAUACUAAUCUGAAUCUUAACUUGCUCAAAUCUUUAAAAAAAAGAAAAAAAGUUUAUUAUUAUACAGCAAAUUUUACAAUAUUAAAAAAAAAUCAGAUAAAAAAAUUUAAUUUUAAUAUAAUAUUUAAAAAAAGCAAUUUGUGUUUUAAUUUUUAAAAAUCAUAAAUUAGUACAAUUAUUUUAAACAUGCAUAAACUUAUUUAUUUAGUACACUAAACUCAAAACUAAAAAGUUAUGAGGAAAUAAACCACAAAGUUUGGUGUACUUCUGCCAGAAAAAAACUGCACCUUUUUUUUAAGCAAUACAGUAAAUAGAUGUUGGCUCUAAAAUACUUCAGAAAAUGUUUUGUUCAUCUUUAAAUGUGUUUUAGAUAACGAUCAAAUCCUAUUUUAUUGGUAAUCAAUGAAGAUAAUCCAGGUAAUUACAAAGAUCAAAUCUGUUUUUAUCUGUUUUUAUGGUUUUAUUUUGUGCAAAUGUAUAAGUUAAUGUAUUUUGUGCUUGUUUUUCAUUCCUUCUGACGCGCUUCUCUCUUCUUUGUUAGUCAUCAGUCAGUUUAUACGACAUUAUAUAUUAUUAUUUUUUGUCUUUUUAAUUCUUUAAUUCUUUUUAAGUCCACAUAAAUCAAAAUGUUCAUCAUACACAUGAACAGCUGGGUUCACUCCUCAGUGUGUGCUCAGUGUUAGAAGCAGGUGAAUGUAGAUGUUGUAGUGUACAGUGUGUGUGUUGGUACGUCUUUAUGCCUGACUCUCUCUCACUUGUGACGUCUUGUUCCAUACGCUUCCAUAUUUUAACUCUGAACUCUGAAUUUCCUCUGAAUUACCUCUGGCUCCAAAAAAGGCAAAAUAAUCCUAACUAAUUUAUUUUCCAUCGUUAAUUUAUGAACGCAAUGCUGACUCUCCUCAUCCCAUUGACCUCUACUGCACACCCGGUGCAUUAAAGCAAUGUACUCAACAUCAUAACAGAAAUACAUGUAUGAACAAGUAUUGAACCCGCACUGCCAUUUAUUCUUAUGUAUGACUGAAAUGAUCAAUAGUCAAUAAACUGUGCGAUCUUCUGGA